CUCGAUUUUUAUUCGACGAAGAAGAACCUCCCUAACAUCGGAAGUUUUAAGCAUGCCUUUCAGUUUUUGUCCCCAGUGUGGGACAAAGCUUCAGCCUGGUUUUAAAUUUUGUCCUUGGUGUGGGGAGAAACUUCCCUGCUUUGCUGAUGAAACUGGAUUUUCAACCUCAUCUGCCUCUUUAAAGCAUGAAGCCACGACAUCCGUUAACACAAGCCCUGCUUCACCUUGUGAGUCUACAAAACGUAAAGCUUCUUUCAUUUCAACUGUAGUUUCACCUCGCCCUGCUCUGAAAAAGACUCGUAACUCCCUGCGGCUGGAAAAGGAAGUUCAUUUUAGCAUCCAGGAUGUUUCUACACACAUGGUGUCCUCCACUAAUCCUGCUGGAAAUGACAUGACUCCUGAUAAGAGUGUUUCUGUUCCUGGCUCGCCUUCAACGCUGCACACAGCUGUUGUUAAAGCUGAUGUGGAGAUGGAGGCCCCCGUCGUAAAAUCCCCUCGAUGUGUCAGAGGAAAGGGGAAAGUCCUCAGUCCUGCUAAGGAGGAAGCAGAAGAAAAAAAGUCCGAAGGUUCAACAGCAGGCGGACUCGUUCCUUCACCGAUCUCCAAGUUUCCUUCGAAAGGGAGAAGCAAAGCCAAGAAGGCGAAGCACGCAGUGACGGUGGAGCCGCUGCAGGAAGGCGAGGAGGUGACGGACACGACGGGGAAGAAGUGGAAACUGAUGAAGCUGCUCAGUCGGAGCAUGGCGGAGCUCCUCUAUGAAGUUUCACGACCCGGUUUGAAAGAAUCGGAUCACGUUCUCAAACUGGGAGCUAAAGAGGGAAGGAUCUUCAACGAGCAGAACUUUCUGCAGAGAGCUGCUAAACCUGCAACUGUGGACAAGUGGGUCAAACAGAACAAGAUGGAUUUUCUGGGGAUUCCCUCCUGUGUCGGCUUUGGCCUUCAUGCAGAUUCAUACAGGUUCCUUAUUUUCCCCAACAUGGGUCGCUCUCUCCACUCGGUGAUCGAGGAGGAAAACAAGCUUUUGUCAGAGGAAGAUGUUCUGCAGCUCACCUGUAGAAUACUGGAUGUGCUGCAGUUUAUGCAUUCCAACGAGUAUGUGCACGCUGACAUCAGUGCAGAGAACGUCUACAUCAAACAGAAAUCACAGGUGCUUCUGGUCGGGUACUGCCAUGCCUUCAGAUUCUGUCCCGGAGGUCAGCACGUCGAGUACCGUGAAGCCAGCAGAACGGCGCACGAAGGCACCGUGGAGUUCAUCAGCUUGGAUGCUCACAAAGGAGCAGCUCCGUCUCGUCGCAGCGACCUGCAGUCUCUGGGUUACUGCAUGCUGCACUGGCACACAGGGACGCUGCCGUGGUCCGAGCUCACUGAACCCGACCAGGUGGCCGCCCAGAAACAGAGGUACAUGGAGGAUGUUAAAGCUUUGAUGAGCCACUGCUUUGGGAAGAAGAAAGUUUCAAAUGCAUUUCAGGCCUACCUGUCCACGGUGAUGUCUCUGCAGUAUUCUGAGCAGCCCAACUACUCGGAGCUGAAAGCUGGACUCUGUGCUGCUUUACAGAAGCUGGGGGGGUCCAUGGAGCGGCCGCUCAGUCUGUAGUAAGUCAAGCCUCAAGAUCACAACCAG